UGAUAAAUGUCUGAAACGGAUUUGAUUGUGAUGUUAAGAUUUACAUAAGAAAGUGAAGGAGGAAAGAGAAGUUUCGGUUUAAUCUUAGUGUUGAUUUAGGAUUUAAUUUAUGUUAGGUUUGAAGUUAUACCUUUUCGUCAACCUUAAAACUCAGAGUUUCAGUGGAAUAAUUUAUUGCGAAAAUGAAUCUUUAAUGAUUGAUAAUAAUCCUUUGAUCAACUCUAGCGGCGAUCACUUUCGUGAAGGUUAUAAAGAAUUUGAAUCUGUGGAUUGCAGAGGAUCCAGAGUUGGUCGCGAUGUAGUUAGAUUGCUUAAUCUUCAGGAACUGCAGUUAACUGCAUUGUUUAUCUCAGUAUCUUGAAGUAUAAGGUGGCAAGCUAGCGAUGUGUUUAGUUGGUAGACUGCUUACAAACUUUUGAUCAAGCUUCCUUUGUUGUUCUGGGUUGGCAUCUGUAUAUGAAACUGAUGUUUGAGACUAAAGAUUACAGGUUUGCUGCUGCCAAUUAACUUGUAAAAGUUCAAUGUCUCCUCAGUUGGAUGGUCCUGUUUGUAUUCCGAGGGCUAUUGAAGUGCUCAACAUUAGCCCCUAUAGAGGUGAUUGUCAUGGGAGUAUGUCAAUUGAAGAAGAAGCUGCUUUUCCUGCUGCAGCAGGGAGAAGGCGUCUCUUUGUCCAAACUGAGAAUGGCCAAGUUUUGGAUUUGGAUCUGGAUCGAAGAGACAAUGUUAAUUCAGUCAAGAAAAGGUUGCAACUCGCCCUUAAUAUUCCCACUGAUGAAAGCUCAUUGACCAUUGGGGAUAUGAUACUGAACAAAGAUCUUUGGGCUGCUCGAAAGAAUUUCCCAUUGCUUCUGACCAGAAAUGUAAUGCAUAGGAGCUCAUCCACUCCAUCCCUGUCACCUACUGGAAGGGAUGUCCCACAUAGAGAUAAGAGUGGCAUUAUUGAGAUUCUUGGUCAUUCUAAUCACUUUGCAGGAAUUUCUAAACUGGUUAAUGAAAUCACUAUAGCAAUCGAGAAAGGGAUUGAUCCAGUUCCUGUGAAUAGUGGACUAGGAGGUGCUUAUUAUUUUAAGAAUUGUAAAGGGGAAUAUGUUGCUAUUGUGAAGCCAACUGAUGAGGAGCCAUUUGCGCCAAACAAUCCUAAGGGCCUCACAGGAAAAGCUCUUGGACAACCUGGUGUUAAGUGGUCUGUAAGGGUUGGAGAGACAGGGUAUCGUGAAGUGGCAGCCUAUCUGUUGGAUCAUGAUCAUUUUGCAAUGGUGCCACCUACUGCUCUUGUGAAAAUUUCACAUUCAAUUUUCAAUUUGAAUGGUGGUGUCAACAGAUGCAAUCUUCAAAGUUUGGAAAGGGUCAGCAAGAUUGCUUCUCUUCAGCAGUUCAUCUCCCAUGACUUUGAUGCUAGUGACCACGGGACAUCUAACUUUCCAGUUUCUGCUGUACAUAGAAUUGGGAUAUUUGAUGUUAGGAUUUUUAACACUGACAGGCAUGCAGGAAAUCUUCUAGUCCGGAAGCUUGACAACGUCGGAAGAUUUGGUCAAGUUGAACUCUUCCCCAUUGAUCAUGGCCUCUGCCUACCUGAAGGAUUGGAGGAUCCAUAUUUUGAGUGGAUACACUGGCCCCAGGCUUCAAUUCCCUUUUCAGAGGAAGAGAUCAAGUAUAUAAUGAAACUUGAUCCUUUUCAUGAUGCUGAAAUGUUGCGUGCUGAAUUACCAAUGAUUCGAGAGGCAUCUCUUCGAAUUUUGGUACUCUGCACUAUUUUCCUUAAGGAGGCAACUACUUCUGGGCUGUGUCUUGCUGAGAUUGGAGAGAUGAUGAGUAGGGAGUUCCGCUGUCAUCAGGAAGAGCCAAGCGAACUUGAGAUUCUUUGCUUGAAGGCUAAGCAGGCUGUUGCAAAUCAUGCAGUGCCAACUACUGAAGCAGAAGAAAGAGAAGGAAGCUUUCAUUUUGGUAUAGACUUUGAGAAUACAGAAACUGACAUUUUCUCUGAGGUACUCGAAGAUUUUUCCUGCCGAGUAUCAUUGCCCCCUGAAUGUAAAAAUGUACAAAGCUCAACUGGACUAUCAAGAUUGCAAUAUACUUGGGAGGAGGAGGAUGCAUCGGUUGAUCAGAAUGCAAGUGCAGAUGAUUCUAUAUUUGAGAGAGACCUAAACCAUACAUCUACUGAUUCUAAGCUCUUGAAGCCUCCCAAGAAGAUGAAUUGGGAGGAUAGCAGUGGAAAGCCCAAACUAGCUUUUCUGGAUGGAACUUCAUUUGCCCAAAGACGAAGUUCUGAAGAGUUACUUCCGUUGACAACUGGUUUUGUGAAAUUUGAUGACUUGAGUGAAAAAGAGUGGAGAUUGUUUCUCUUUAGGUUCCAGGAGCUUCUAGGUCCAACACUUGUUCAAUGGAAGAUCUCAAGAAUGGGACUGAAACAGAAAACAAGGCUUGGAGCUUCAUGUGAGUUUUGAGACAGUAACCAGCUAGUUCUUACCAAUGGAUAUUCUCAACGUACAUCUGUAGUUAGUGAAAGAGAUAACCGCGUAGAGAGAACCCUCGUGUGAAAGUUUGAGAGUGUUUUUUGAGUUGUUUCUCAGCUUUUACAUAGAGAGAACCUAUAUAGUUAUAUAUUGUAGAAAUUCCUGUUAAUAUUUGGCUACUAGAUGGUCUAACUAUAUCAGAGAUGCUAAAAUAGCCUGCUUUUUUCUUGCUUUGUUUCGACUCGCUCACGGAUCUCCUAUUUAGAUCCGGAGGUCGAGCUCAAGCCUUGUUUUGAGACGCGCAGCUCAAGCUCGGCUCAGUAUACUCUUAAUGCAGACAAAUUCAUGUUACAGUUGCCA